AUGAAACUAACAGCUCUUCCAAGACCCCAACAUGUUCGCACAAAAUUGACCAGUUAUCACUGCAUUACCACGAACAGUAGGUGUUUUCAACAAGUGGCAUUGCAUAUUAUUGCAGCUGUUAUCACGAAGAAUUACAAACAACCUUCGUUUUCUGCAGUUAUGGCCUUGCUGCAGAAAACGUUGCUCUUCAUCGCGGUCUGGAAUCAAGUGGAGGCUCUUAAAGCAGCCGAUUUCACCUUCGGACAAUUCUGCAAUCGACCGCCGAAUUUCGGUACAGGAAUACUGACUGCGACCGACAUAUGCGAGGUGACCUAUAACGUUGAAUUGGAUAACGAUGUAGCAGCGGCGAAUUUCUGUGAACAGCAGCAUCCUUACUCGCUGAAAUCUUUUGGAAGGAAUGGAGCUAAAACGAUUUGCACGAUAGGAAGCUACUUCAAAUGCAAAGAGUCGGAAGUUCUCAUAGACAAGACCUGCUAUCUCUUGAAAGAGGAUAAAGCGGGUGUCGAUAUCCUCGACGCUGUCCGUAGUGGUUGUGGCAGCAGACACACAGUACACAAGUUUAAAAGCCAAUUCGAGCAGAAAUGGGUUGCAACGUUCUUUACCAAGCAUCCUAUGUUAUGGAUUGCCAACAGCCCUGCUGACUCUAUCACAAAACAUCUCAAAUUUGCGCUGCGGAAAGAAAUCUUAGUCAGCAAGAAUGGACGAAUGAGAGAGGGAAACUCGACGGCAAUGGUAAUAGUGACCAGUGCGAGGACCCAUACAAAAAUACCGCGAGGAAGUAUCGUGAUGGCUAGAACGGAUUUAUCUAUGCCCGUAUUGUGUUCUCGGCCAGCAGAAGAAUUGUCAAGCUACGUUCCAGCUCUGAUGGAAAAGUUCAGUGAACUUGGCCUCAAAUCGUACAUAAAAAAAGACAAACGUAAUAACGAUCGUCCCUUCUUUAUAUUGCGAGAAUAUUCCUCGUUUGAUAUGUCUGAGGAGAAGGGAGAGAAGGGAAAGUUUGCGGUUGGCACGAAACGUCUUCACAAAGGAUGUUCGGCAUUUUUAAAUGGUUAUGCUGCGUCACCACUUGACUUCAGAAAUGUCGAAGAUUUCAAAAAAAUCCUCGAAGAAGAGAAUGUGAACAUAGUAUCGGUUCCUGGAAGGCGAUUUCGAAAUCCAAUAGAUAGUUCAAGUGAGUGUAAACCGAAACAAGUGCGCGUUGGUGCGCGAUCAGAUUUCAAAUUUGAUCUACCCAACGGAGCUAGCCAAGAGACUUCCAUAAGUGAUAGUCACUGGGCUCCGGAUCAUCCGAAUCGAGCUUGUUCUGAUACACCACGCAUUGCACUAGGAUUUGCAAAAGAAAAAGGUUCUGUUGACAUUCCAGCUACUGCACGUCACUUUACCCUUUGCACUUAUGGAACAGCACCGCCGCGGAGUGAUCCCAGUUUGAGAUGUCACUUUGCGGCCACUUAUGACAAGAAAAAUAAUAGAUGCGUUUGCAAUGUUGCUGGGAAUGACUAUGGGAAACAAACGCGUUUCGAUAAAACGAUAGAUCGUGAAGCUGGUGAGCUUUGUGUAGAAUGUGAAUUGGAAGCGUGGCAUGCUGUUGUCAUAGUCGUUCACCUCAAAAACGCCGAGUUGUCCACUGCCUUCUUGAAAAUCGUUCCACAAAUCAUGUCUCCAUUCAUUAUGACGGAGUCUUAUAUUACAACCAUCUUUUAUGGUAGUUGCAAGCGGACUCAAUAUAAACGCUACGCUUUAGCGAAAGACGGAAAAAAUUUCGACUAUUGGAGGGAUGUGAUCAAAAAAGAAGCUUUGCAGUGUGUUGGGAACGGAUACAAUUUCCCAAAUGUGUAUUUUGAUGCUUCUUACUUCCAACGUGCGCCACCACACCGAAGGAUUUUGAUCUUAAUGACCGGUGAAGAAUAUAAGGACGUGGAAAAGAAAUUGAAGGAGGAGAGAAGCGCAUGGAAUGUGAACAAAGUCUUUGUCUUUGCUUCAAAGACUACAAAUACGAAAGCGUGGCCAGAGACGGAUCAAAAGGUCUAUAUUGUGGACUCCACAAAACAAGAGAUAACUAGGGAAACAUGGAAAGCGAUAUCAGACAUUAGUCAGCAAGCCGCUAUGAAUGUGUGCCUUCGCGAGAAGGAAUAAAGCAGAUUGUAGAAAAC